AUGGAGGUCUCAGCCACCCUGGAAGCCCUGCAGGCAGAGGUCCGCUGCCCCGUCUGCUUGGACUUCCUGACAGACCCGGUCACCAUCCCGUGCGGCCACAACUUCUGCCGCUCAUGCAUCCAGCAGUGCUGGAAGGAUCUCCCAGGCAGGUUCCCUUGCCCUGUCUGCCGCCACCCCCAGCAAGAGAGGCACUUCAGCCCCAACUCCCAGCUGGCCAGGAUGAUCGACUUGGCCAAGCUCCUGCACAGCAGCAGCCAGAGCAGGCAGCAGGAGAACACCCUGUGUGGGCAGCACAACCAGGUGCUGGGCCUCUUCUGUGAGGAUGACCUGGAGGUGGUGUGUGGCCUGUGCACCUCUGCCCACCAGGGUCACCUGGUGAGGCCCAUGGAGGAGGCUGCCUCCUACCACAGGCAAAGGCUCAGGAGUUACAGGGAGGCCCUGAAGAGGCAGGUUGCUGAUGUACAGAAACUGAUCACCACACAGGACAAAAAACUGGUGGAGCUGAGAGAGCAGGCAGCACUCCGCCGGUGGAAACUAGCCUCAGAAUUUGAGCACCUGAGCCAGUUUGUAGAACAUGAGCAGGAGGCAGCCAUGUCCAAGCUGGCCGAGGAAGAGAGGGACAUUCAGCAGAAACUCAGUGAGAAUGUAAACACCUUCACAGAGUAUAUUUCCACCGUCAAAGGGCUACUCAGGGAGGUGGCAGAGAGGAGCGUGAUGUCAGAGGUGAAGCUGCUGAGGGGUGUCAAGAGCCUCCAGGACAGGGAGAAGCCCAGAGGGAUCGGCGUCUACCUGGACUACGAGCUGGGCCAGAUUUCCUUUUACAGCGUCCACGACUGGUCUCACAUCCACACCUUCAGGGAGACGUUUUCUCAAGUGCUGAAGCCUUACCUGUGUGUGGGUCGGGAUCCUGAGCCCCUCACAGUGGGCGCAGGGGGAGAGCAUGCCGGCUGA